UUUUAAAUGAAAAGUUUCGCAGUUUCGUAGUAAAUUCACACAAACAUCAAAUAUCAGUUUCUCUCUUUAUAUUUCUCCUCUCCCAACUCAACCGUCUCUCCGUGUCUAACUCGCGUUUUCCAAUUCUAAUCAAACCCAUUAAACCAACACAAAUCCAUCGUCCAAAUUAAACCCUUCUCUACAACAAUUCGAAAUUCAUCUCUUUUUCUUGCUCAUUACAGAUCUCCCUCGUCGAUUUCGCCUCUUGAUCGGCUUAUACGAACUGGGUUUCUCUUGGUUUUGUUUAAUAUCAUCAGAAUAAACAAAAAAUUUGAGUGAUUCUGCAGAAAUUAUUUGAAUUGGAUGAUGUUGACCGUAACACAACAUGGGUGUUGAAGUACUAUGGAAGUUCUGGUUACCUGACAACAACUACAAUAAUUACAACUUCGAUAAUAAUAAUAAUAAUAAUAUGUCGUUUUACAUUGGUCGUGAGGCUUCUAAGCUAUGGAAGAGAAUUUGUGCAGAGGCUACUACAGAGAUCAAUCUUCUUGCUGAAAAUUGGAAAUAUAUUCUUGCUGGUUUAAUUUGUCAGUAUAUACAUGGUUUGGCUGCAAGAGGAGUUCAUUAUCUACACAGGCCGGCACCAACAUUGCAGGACGCAGGGUUCUUUCUCCUUCCGGAACUUGGGCAAGAGAAAGGCUACAUCAGUGAGACAGUGUUCAGCUGUGUCUUCCUAGCUUUUGUAUUGUGGACUUUCCAUCCUUUCAUCUGCAAGAGCAAAAAGUUCUACACAGUUCUAAUUUGGUGCAGGAUUCUAGCAUUUUUAGUUGCUUCUCAAUUUCUUCGGGUAAUCACAUUCUAUUCUACCCAGCUUCCAGGUCCGAAUUACCACUGCCGCGAGGGCUCCAAACUUGCUAGGCUGCCACGUCCUGAGAGUGUUAUUGAAGUACUUUUAAUUAAUUUUCCUCGAGGGGUGGUAUUUGGUUGCGGUGAUUUGAUUUUUUCAUCGCACAUGAUAUUUACCUUGGUGUUUGUUCUCACAUAUCAGAAGUAUGGCUCAGUAAGGUUCAUAAAGCAAUUAGGCUGGGUCUUUGCCGUGUUUCAGAGCAUUCUAAUCAUUGCCUCCCGCAAACAUUAUACAGUUGACGUUGUUGUCGCAUGGUAUACUGUUAACCUAGUGGUAUUUUUUAUAGACAAGAAAUUACCAGAGCUACCUGAUCGGACCAAUGGAGCUGCGUCUCUGUUAUUACCAUUGAGUACCAAAGAGAAGGACGUCAAGAACAAAGAAGAGAAUCACAAGCUCUUGAAUGGGAAUUCAGUCGAUCCUUCUGAUCGGAGGCAGAGAACUCAAGUAAAUGGGAAGACGCUAGAAGAUGCCAACGGAGUCCAUGCUGAUACUAACGGAAUGAACGGUGUGUAGAUGAAGGAAGAUACGAGGCGUAAAUGGUUGAAGGACUGCUUUGUUACAUGAUCUUUAAGAACAACCCCAUAUGUUGAUUAUGGUAAAAAAUUGAUUUGUAAUGUAGAGAAAUGAAAAUGGGCAGCACAUUUGUACAUUUUGGCAGUCUGUCAUAUGGAUAAAAACAAGUAUCUCAUCAGCAUCAUCUCUUUAUGGUUUGUCCUGUGCAUGUGAUGUGAUGCUGUUGAAACUUGCCUUCUCUUUUGCUUACAGUUGUUUGUUUUUAACACGGUGAAGGCCGAAGGCUGUUUCACUUAUUAACAACCCUGCGAUAACUGUCUAUGAUUCAAAUUCUGAUAUGUAUUUAUUA